AUGACGGAAAAGUAUCCCACCGGAACACGCACUGAGAGCGAGUGUCUCGUCCGCGAGUGGGGGUUUCGACAUAUUUUCACCUGGACAGAUAGAAGCAACGCCCAUUAUUCCCCGCACUCGCAUGGCGGUCUGACAACACACCUUAUCCGCCGUGGAUCUCUGACAAUCACUUACCCUGACGAUAAUGCUAAAUUGCAUAAUGGGGAAGUUAAAAAGGAGACGUUUGGAGUUGGAGAUAGGGUUGAUGUUCCUGCUGGAAAGAUUCAUGAGGUUUGGAUUGGAAAUGAGGGGUGUGAGUAUGUCAUUGGCGAGUAA